GAAAUUUCUCUCAUUAAGAAAAAUGAGGGACCCCAGUGGCCAGAGCUGGUAGUUGGUGACACAAGAGGGGAAUUCACUAUGGACUCUUCCCAGUGCUCUGAAAGCCUGAUGCAUCUUACCUCUGAAGUACUGAAUCCAAACCCAGAAAGAGAAAACCCACCUUGUAAUGCUCAAGAAUUAGAAGAAUGUGAUGCUUUUCUUGAAGAUGGUGCCAGCUUGUGCAGAUUUGAUGGUGAUACCUUGAAAGUCACUCAUGUAAUUAAUCUUGGAAGCAACCAGUAUCUUUUCUCAGUUGUUGUGGAUCCAAGAGAGAUGCCGUGCUUCUGCCUGAGGCAUGAUGUCGAUGCUCUUCUCUGGCAGCCUCACUCUGACCAACCAGAGAACAUGUGGGAACACAUUGCAACUUUUAACGCUUUAGGUUAUGUCCAAGCAUCAAAGCAAGACAAGAAGUUCAUGGCUUGUGCUCCAGAUUACUCCUACGCUGCUCUUUGUGAGUGCUUGCGACGCGUUUUCAUCUACCGUCAGCCAACUCCUCUGCCCACCGUUCUCUACAACAGGAAGGAAGGAAGACAAGUGGGACAGGUUGCUAAGCAGCUGGUAGCAACCCUGGAAGCCAGUGAUCCUAUCUUAGGCUUUCAAGCUACAAAUGAGAGAUUAUUUGUUCUCACAACAAAAACCUUGUUUGUAAUAAAGGUGAACCCUGGAAAUUAACUAUUCAGUAUAUUCUGCUGUAGUUUGUGUUAAUAAUUUGUUAAAGAACUGGCUAGAUAAAUGAUCUGAGAAGUUCCGUACAGUCUGAUGAAGUCUAAAAAGGAGAUAUUUUACAGGGAAUC